AUGGAGGCCAUGCCCCAAAAGGAGAUUAAUCAAGCGAUCAUCCCUGGCCAUACUCGGCGUGAGGAGAUUUGGCAUGUUCUCUAUUCUAUCCCACCCUUCUCACACUUGGGCAGGCAAUGGUCCAUCGACUACCAAGACCCGGAAGGUCAAGAAAGCCAGGAGAUACAGGUCCAGGAAAUUGCGGCGCUUCAUGGGGCGGUUAUCAAGUCAGACGACCCAAGCGACGCAGAGUCUGGCCCAGAUGUUAUACAAGCCAUGCCUGGGUCGGAUGGUAGAGGGUACCUUGCCGAAGUUCAGUUCUUUGCAGAGGGCAAGGGCAAGGGCACCGUCGGAAAUCGGGAGGAACAACUGAGCAAUGGUCUUUUGCAGGCUGCUUGUUACGCCCGUGCAACACUUAUUCAUCAGAUUGAACGGCUCCAUGCUUUUUCUGUCGUUGCAUACGGUACUGAAGCCAUAUUUAUACGCCUUGGACGCACGGGUAUCCUGCAUUCUCUUCCGUUCAACCUGGAAGGAAACUUUCCAGCUCUUAAGGUGAGAUUUCUAAACGGGAUACGAUGA